GCUGCCAAGAUCGCCACGCGCAAGGAGCUUCCUCUCCGGCUGCAGUCUGCUUCUCCACUCCAUCGACUCCAUCAACACCACUCCAGGAUCAACACCACUUCCACGAUAUCUAGCCAUGUCACAGCGACGGCGAGUAGUCAAGCAACCUAAGCGACUCAUCCAUGAGAUCGGCCCAUCAUCCCAAGAGCCUGAACAGUCGAAGAAACGAAAAUUUACCCGUGAAACCCAAUACCCGUCUCACGUCAGGAAGCAUUUGAACGACUACCAGUCAUUAUGCGUCAGAUAUGAAGAUCUCCUCGUGAAAGCACCAGAUCUUUCAGGGCCCGCUCUCGAUCCAGCGUACAUUCAGGCAACGAAAGAUCUUGGCGAUAUGCAUGCUAUGAUCUCGGACUUUGGUCGCCAGUUUGAAAAGAAACUCGCAUCCUACGAGGAUAGCUGCGAGCGUCUGGAGCGUGCUAAUCGACAGAGGCCUGACUGGUGGCAGCACAUCAACCUAUUUUCACCAAGUACGUGGCUUAUCACAAAUUCUUGUGCAUUUCUGAUGUCUUGUUAGCUUUGCCGAAGGAGUAUCUCAAGCAACUGGAAGGCAAUCCCCCAACUAAUAGCAGCGAAUGGGCUAAGUACCUUUCGUCGCAUCUCAAUGAGGUGAUCUACCAUUUGG